CAGGAGAAAAUGUAACGGAGUGAAGUUGUCGCGUUGACUUUGUCGCAUUAUGGCGCGUCAUGUUGAUUACUCGAGGUUGCCGGUUGUUGUUUUAUUUAUUCUUUUAUCGGUUCACCUAGCGAAUGCUUUCGUGCUUCCUCAGGUUAGCACAAAGUCAAAUUCCACAAUAAGUAGAAUAGAUUUAUCGAGUAUUCGCAUUUUACCUGUGAGUGAAUCAAAUGUGUCCAAGUUUGGUAUCCUGGCUGAAGUUAAUGGUACGAACCUUCACGCCGAUCUCCAACUCAUCUGGUCAGUAAAUGAAAAGGAUUGUGAAGCAAAAAAUGAAUUACGAAAAGUACAGGCUGCCAGCGAUGCUCAGCGUGUUGUUUACGAAUUCCAGGAUAAUCGUAUCUUUGAGGUUAAUGUGGUUUAUUUUUGCACCAAGUAUGUUACUUCAGAAAGUGAAAUAUCAAAGGAAUGGAUUAACUUGGGAAAAGAUUUUUCCGUUCAUUUCAAAUCUAAUGAACUAUAUUCUCGUUCGCGUCGUGAAUACAAUGAAGAAAAAGUUGCAAAGAUUUCAAAUAACACUUUUGAUUUUCAUAUCCGAGGUAUCAGAAUAGAAACUUCUGAUAAACAUACGGUUUACGGUGAUGAUGGUGUGCCAGAAAUUUUAGCAGGAAAUGAAAUAGUGCUUCGAUUAUUUGGCGUUGGUAUCACUGAAGAUAUAGAAAUUGCAUUUACAAAUGAUCAUGAAAAUAAAGGUGCCUUAUGUGACAAACGCAGCACAGAUAAAUUUUCCAUUUACAAAGUCGAGGAAAAUACAGCUUUAGUUUCAAUAGUUCUUUCGAAGCCAGGGAUUUAUUAUUUGUGCGCAAAUAGAAGAGCUCAAGAAACAGAUAUUCCUGUUUCAGCUGUACAUCAAGGUUCCGACAACUAUUUGACUAUUCGUGCUUAUGAAAAAUCUCUUCCACUUUGGGUGUCAAUAAUCAUCAUUCUCACUUGUCUCAGUUUCUCAGCAUUAUUCUCUGGGCUUAAUUUGGGUCUCAUGUCAUUAGACAGAACUGAAUUGAAAAUUCUUUGCAAUACUGGAACUGAAAAGGAAAAGCAAUAUGCAAGAACAAUUGAACCCGUGAGAAAUAUGGGAAAUUAUUUGUUGUGCUCCAUUUUGUUUUCUAAUGUUCUUGUGAAUUCGAUUUUUACAAUUGUCCUCGAGGAACUUACAUCUGGACAAGUUGCUGUUAUUUGCGCAACUCUCGCUAUUGUUAUUUUUGGUGAAAUUUCACCUCAAGCAAUUUGCAGUAGACAUGGAUUAUGCAUUGGUGCUAAAACAAUUUACAUGACAAAACUCACGAUGAUACUAACGUUUCCUCUAAGUUAUCCCAUAAGUAAACUUUUAGAUUUAGUUCUUGGCGAAGAAAUCGGAAACGUCUAUAAUCGUGAACGCCUGAAAGAACUUGUCAAGGUGACGACUGGAUUUAAUGAUUUGGAAAAGGAAGAAGUAAAUAUUAUUUCCGGUGCUUUAGAAUUAUGUAAGAAAACAGUGGCCGAUGUUAUGACUCGAAUCGAUGAUGUUUAUAUGUUAGACUACAAUGCUAUUUUAGAUUUUGAAACAGUUUCAGAAAUUUUAAAAUCAGGAUUUUCACGAAUUCCCGUUUAUGAAGAAACUAGAAACAAUAUUGUUUCGAUAUUAUACAUCAAGGAUCUGGCAUUCGUUGAUCCAGAUGACAAUAAACCAUUGAAAACAUUGUGUGAAUUUUACAAAAAUCCAUGUAAUUUUGUAUUUGAAGAUGUUACAUUGGACGUAAUGUUCAAACAAUUUAAAGAAGGACACAAAGGUCACAUGGCGUUUGUACAACGAGUCAAUAGUGAAGGUGAAGGCGAUCCAUUUUAUGAGGUCAUUGGUUUAGUAACUUUAGAGGACGUUAUAGAAGAAUUGAUUCAAGCUGAAAUAAUGGAUGAAACUGAUGUUAUCACUGAUAAUAGAAGUAAACGAAAGAGAGUGAAAUCGAGAAUGCAAGAUUUUACCGUUUUUGCGGAGAAAAAUGAAAAUCAACGAACACACGUGUCACCGCAAUUAAUGUUAGCUCUGUUUCAAUUUUUAUCUACAAUUGAAUCCUUCAAGUCUGACAUAAUAUCGGAAAAUAUUUUACGUCGCUUAUUAAAGCAUGACGUUAUUUAUUAUAUAAAAGUAAAAUCGCGAGAGAAAGCGCGUCACGAUCCGGUGACAAUAAUUUAUCAACAAAAUAAAGCAGCGGAUUACUUUGUUUUAAUUUUGGAAGGUCGUGUUGAAGUAACAUUGGGUAAAGAAAAUAUGACUUUCGAGAGUGGACCAUUUACUUAUUUUGGAACGCAAGCAUUGGCUAUUAAUGUUUCUGCACUUGAAUCACCUGUUAAUGUAAAUCCACAAUCAAUGGGAAGUAUUCAUUCGGUAAACUUGAAUGCAAUAGCGCGUCAUACAUUUAUUCCGGAUUAUACUGUUCGUGCAGUGACUGAAGUUUUUUAUGUAAAAAUAAAACGAUCAUUGUAUCUUGCGGCAAAACGUGCUACUCUCUUAGAAAGAAGUCAAAAGGAUAUUUCGCCAAGCACAGAUCAGUUUGAUGACGAAGUCGAAAAGCUGUUGCAUUCUUUGGACGAGGAUGAUCGCAGUGCACCAGAAUCUCCAAUUUUACCAAAGGAUAAAGGAUUUGGCGAUGUCGAGGAGCAAACACAAACACAUACACCAAUUCACAAGGUGACAACUUUGCCCGCGCUUCUGCCUGUCAGCGCUAGUCCCAUCACAAAUUCCAAAUUUAUUUCACCUCACAGUGAAUACAAUGGAAAAUUAAAAACCUCGCCUAUCAAGGUGACAAGUUUGUCGAGUUCACCUGAAAGGGCACAAAUUGAUGUUAAAGGAGAAUCUGUCAGGUUAUUACCAGAAAGAAAAUCUCUUGAAGAUGGAGAACGAACAAAUCUUCUUCCAAAUGAUGAUAAAUCUUAACACUUGCAGAAUGGCCGAUGGAAUGAGACAUCGGACAUUAUUCGUGAAGAAAAUGGAAAAUUGCACAACGAAAGUCAGAAAACUUCAGCGUGACGCAAGUUGUGAUUUUAAUAGUAUAAUUACUUAGACUUAGAGAAAAUCACUGAUUUUUGAAAUUAGUUUUUAAUGAAUUUGAUUCACUUCAUUUUUAUUUAAAAAAAAGCAAAAAACAAAAAAAAACUCAUUUAUGCAUAUAUAUGCAGCAUUAAAGCUGUACCCAUCAUUCUUGUAUUUUGAGAUUAUUAUACUCAGGGACUGGAUGCCAAAUUCGCUUGUACCAUGAGAAACAAUGGUCAAUCCACUAAACUACAUUUAGCUUACAUGAACAAAAAAGAGUACAAAUCAAGAAUCAUUUAGUCGAUAAAUAUUCGCAUUAGAGAAACAAAAAUCAAUACGAAAUUAAAGAACAUUUUAAAGAAAAUUUUUUCAAUUUCAUUUAAAAUACUUAAGGGAAAAUUUAUUCCUUGAAGUGAUUAAAUUUUUUUCAAAAGUAUUCAUUAUUUUUCUUUUGCUUUUUAUAAGUAUUUUUAUUUAAGAGUAAGUUAAAAGUAAGAAAAAAUUUAUAUAACAUUUCUAAAUUUCAUAACGUUUCUCUGUCUAGAAUUCAAACGUCAUUUUUAUAAAAUGGUUGAAAACAUUGUAUUUUAAAUGUAAUUUUCAGUCUUACGUAGUAUAUAUUAUAAUUAGAGUAUUUUUUACACCACCAAUGUCUUGUCUACUAAAAAUCGUAAUUGUUUCAUUAAAAAAACAAGUUUCAUUUUGACAUUUGUAAAUAAUAACCGUGAAAACAAUUUUUACACAUUAUUUAAUUUUGUUUGCCUAUUACGUGUAAUUAAAGAAUGUGAAUUUUGAUCUCGAAGUAAGAGAAUGUUUAAACAUGUGGAUUGUCUAUAAAGUCAAAUGGGUACAGCUUUUUAGCUUUAUUUACAAAAAAAAGGAAAAAAUAUAUAUAUAUUGAAAACAAUUUAUUAAAUAAUAAAGUUAAAGUAAGCGAGAA